CCCUCCCCCUAGCUGCCGGCCGGCGGUUCCUGGGAAGAUGGCGGAUCGCGCGGAGAUGUUUUCUCUCUCCACCUUCCACUCGCUGUCACCUCCGGGCUGCAGGCCUCCCCAGGACAUAAGCCUGGAAGAAUUUGAUGAUGAAGACCUGUCUGAGAUCACUGACGACUGCGGACUGGGCCUUAGCUACGAUUCGGACCACUGUGAGAAGGACAGCCUCUCCCUGGGUCGCUCAGAGCAGCCACACCCUAUCUGUUCCUUCCAAGAUGAUUUCCAGGAGUUUGAGAUGAUCGAUGAUAAUGAGGAGGAGGAGGAGGAAGAGGAGGAGGAGGAAGAGGAGGAGGAAGAAGGAAAUGGGGAGGGCAAAGCAGGGGGAGGAUCUGGUUCAGAGGCAUUUGUUGGAGAGUCUCUCAUUCCCUCUCCUUCCCAAGAGGAGUCUCAUAAGCACCGACCCACCACUCUCCGCCUGACUACACUUGGGGCCCAGGACUCCCUGAACAACAACAACGGUGUCUUUACCUCUGCACCCCCAUCCUCCUGGCAGGAGACAGUGCUAUGUUCACCAGCCCAGGAGCCCCUCAAAGAGAUCCCAGCCCCUCUCAUGCCCGCUGAAGAGGAGCCCCGUGAGUUACAGUAUCCUGGUUGUGACUGCGAAGGGAACCAACCCCCAGAGCCACCAGUGUCAGGCGGGGCCUCCCCUUCCUCUGAUCCUGGGAUUGAGGCUGACUUGAGAAGCCACUCCAGUGGAGAUCACGAAGGUCGGCGAAACAGCCAGGAGCUCUCCUCACCAGGCUCAGACUCUGAGGAUGCAGGUGGUGCACGCCUGGGGCGCAUGAUCUCAUCCAUUUCUGAGACGGAGCUGGAGCUGAGCAGUGAUGGUGGCAGCAGCAGUGGCCGCUCAUCUCAUCUCACCAACUCGAUCGAGGAGGCUUCAUCACCAGCCUCAGAACCUGAGCCUGAGCCACUGCAUGAUCCUCCCCGCCGCCCUGCCUUCCUGCCUGUGGGUCCUGAUGACACCAACAGCGAGUAUGAGUCUGGCUCUGAGUCUGAGCCUGACCUCAGUGAGGAUGCCGACUCGCCUUGGCUGCUCAGCAACCUGGUGAGCCGCAUGAUCUCUGAGGGCUCCUCGCCCAUUCGUUGCCCUGGCCAGUGCUUAUCUCCCGCACCACGCCUGCCAGAAGAAACUGCAUCACAGGCCAACCGGGUACCCCAGGACUGCCAAGAUCCUGAGGCAGUAGCAGGACCCCACGUGGAGUUGGUGGACAUGGACACCCUCUGCGGGCCACCUCCGCCGGCCCCUGCUGCGCCUCGGCUUGGCCCUGCGCAGCCUGGGCCUUGCCUUUUCCUCAGUAACCCAACACGGGAUACCAUCACCCCGCUUUGGGCCACACCAGGCCGCACUGCUCGCCCUGGCCGCUCCUGCUCUGCUGCCUGCUCGGAGGAGGAGGAUGAGGACGAAGAGGAUGAGGAGGAUGAGGACGAUGCAGAGGACAGCGUGGUUCCUCCUGGUUCCAGAAGUACAGGCUCUACUGUGCCAUUGGAUGCCUCGCUGGUCUAUGAUGCAGUUAAGUACACACUAGUAGUGGAUGAGCACACACAGCUAGAGUUGGUGAGCCUACGGCGCUGUGCAGGCCUGGGCAACGACAGUGAAGAGGACAGCAGCUGCGAGGCCAGUGAGGAAGAGGCGGGAGCUACAUUACUAGGUGGUGACCAGGUGCCAGGGGAUGCCUCUCCUGACAGUCCUGACCUCACCUUCUCCAAGAAGUUCCUCAAUGUCUUUGUCAACAGCACAUCUCGAUCCUCCAGCACGGAGUCCUUUGGUCUUUUUUCCUGUCUGGUCAAUGGGGAGGAGAGAGAGCAGACGCACCGGGCUGUCUUCAGGUUCAUCCCUCGGCAUCCAGAUGAACUGGAGCUAGAUGUGGAUGACCCCGUGUUGGUGGAAGCUGAAGAAGAUGACUUUUGGUUUCGUGGGUUCAACAUGCGUACCGGCGAGCGUGGCGUGUUCCCUGCCUUCUAUGCCCAUGCGGUGCCUGGUCCUGCCAAGGACCUGCUGGGGAGCAAGCGCAGCCCUUGCUGGGUGGACCGCUUUGAUGUGCAGUUCUUAGGCUCUGUGGAAGUACCGUGUCACCAGGGCAAUGGCAUCCUGUGUGCAGCCAUGCAAAAGAUUGCCACAGCCAGGAAGCUAACAGUUCACCUGCGCCCUCCUGCAUCUUGUGACCUUGAGAUCUCUCUGCGGGGGGUCAAGCUGAGUCUGAGUGGAGGAGGACCUGAGUUCCAGCGUUGCAGUCACUUCUUCCAGAUGAAGAACAUCUCAUUCUGCGGCUGUCACCCCAGAAACAGCUGCUAUUUUGGCUUCAUCACCAAACACCCGCUGCUAAGCCGCUUUGCCUGCCACGUCUUUGUGUCCCAGGAGUCUAUGAGACCAGUGGCACAGAGCGUAGGCCGGGCCUUCCUGGAAUACUACCAGGAGCACCUGGCAUUUGCUUGCCCCACAGAGGAUAUCUACCUGGAGUAGCACCCACCUCCCUCAGCUCCUGUCUACACAGCUCUGGGUAUCUUAAGGCCACCAUGGCUUGAGCAAGGACUGGAUUGGGGACAUUUGGAACCUUACCUUGUGGGAGUUUCUGGGCUGGGAGCUCUUGUCCUUUGGCCCUAGGUCAUAGCUUUUGGGAGCUGUUGGGGAGAGGAGCCUCAGCAGCCAUACUUUUCUCCCAAUGCAUCUUUUCUCUCCUGUCCUUCUCUGUCCUGUUC